AUGUUAACUGUAUUCACUUUUAUAUCAUCUCUAUCUUUAUUAUUACCACAAACUUUCGCUCAAGGUGUAACGAUGCCUUCUUGUCUUUCUUUAAGUCGUUCCAUUCAUUGUCCUUCUUUUGCAAAUUAUUCAAUAUCUUCCCAAAUUAUAACUACUUCUGAUAUAACUGGUCAACCAUUUUCUUGGUUAUCAAAUGCUUCAGAUAUUACUCAAUUCGAUUCUCUUUUAGAAUCUUAUGUAAAUAAUGGUUAUGCUCAAUGGAGGUAUAAACAAACUUUAAAUUGUUCAAAUUUUACUUCUACAUCAAUGUAUGCUAGGUAUACAUAUACAAUGAUUUGUUCGGAAUUAGUAGAAUAUCCUCCAUCAAAACAAUGUAGUUUAACAAAUGGUGGUCGUCAAGUUAGAAAUAUUUGUAAUUCUACUUGUACUUCUCAUGUAUCUUCAGUUUUAACUAUAGCUUAUAGUCCAAAUAUUUGUUCUCCUCCUAAUAAUCCGGCUCUUCAAUCUUUGGUAAAUUUAAUAAAAUGGUGUUCUAAUGAUACUAAUGUCGAUUCUAAUAAUAAUACUUGUAUUUCUGGUGAUUUAAAUGAACCGAAUUGUGGUUUCGGUCAAGAUGUUAACUCAUUCUGUCAAUAUUGUCAAAACAGAGGUGAUAAUUGUUGUACACAAUCAUCCCUCUUUUCACGAUGUAAUAUCACAAACAAUACUUCUCCAAUAGCAUCUAUUCCAUCAAAUUCUCCAAGCUCUUCCGAUUCAAAUAAUAAUCAAUCUUCUGUUACUCAAACAAUGUUAAUAGCAAUAUUUGCUUCAAUAUUUGGUUCUUUCUUAUUAUUUAGUGUAAUAUUUUGUUGUUUUAUAAAAAGAAGCAAAUUACGUCGUAAAAAUGGUGCUCCUGAUUCAGGUGGUGAAAUUGGAACUAAAGGUGUUUCAAUGUAUUCUUCCUCUCCUUUCUAUUCUAAACCAUCAAGUGGUCGUGGUUAUUAUGGUACAAAUCCUGAAAGUGUUAGAUAUUCUGAUUUGAUUUCUCCAACAAAUAUUGAUAAUAUUGAUAAUAAUGUUACUGAUACUGGUGAUACUGGUGAUACUCAACAACAACAAAUUUCUUCAAAUAAUGAUUCUGGUCCAAGACCUAUACCUGAAAGAACUUCUCUUAUUUUACCUAAUGAACCUACUGUUACUACUGAACCUGAAAUUGUAACUGUAGUAUUUCCUUAUGAAGCUAAUUUAACCGAUGAAUUAAAUAUUUCUCCUAAUGACGUUAUAGAAAUUACUCACAAAUUUGAUGAUGGAUGGGCUGUAGGUAUAAAUAGAAAUACUGGAAAAGAAGGUGCUUUUCCAAUGGUUUGUGUAAGUUCUUCAGGAAAUCAAAAUUUUAAUAAUGAAAAAAAUGAUCAAUCUGGUCAAUCUGGUGGAAGUCAACAAUAUGGUAUUAUUCCUAGUAGUGGUGGUGAUGAAACUACUGAACAAACAUUAGAAUCAAGUGAACAUAGUGGUGUAAUUAGUGAUAGUAGUGGUACAGGUGGUGGUGGUACGGCUGUAACUCCUGAAAUUAUUAGAAGAGAUGACAGUGGAUUAAUACCUGCUUCUUCCCCGUUAUCUUCUGAUAGAGGUGAAAGUCCUGUUAGAGAUAAUAGAAUUACUGCUUUAAGUAAUUCGGAAAAUGUACCACGAAGAUUUUCAAGUGUUAGAAGGCAUGGCGAUGAUGAAAGAACUACUUCUACUUCUCCUGUUCAGAGUAAUAAUGAUAUAAAUCGUGAAGCGGGUGAAAAUGAUGAGGAAAGGAACCUCAAUGACUAA